AUGUUUUAUUAUACGAGAUUGAAAAAUAUCACGUUACCUCAGGCAUUGGAAACCAUAGAUAGUGGUGCUUUUGUCUUCUGUCUUUACCUUGAAGAAUUCUUUUCUAAUAGUCCUAACUUUGUAGUAAAAAAUAAAGUUUUAUAUAAUAGCGAUUUUACUGUAUUAGUUGGAUAUCCAUCAAAUUGUUAUGAAGACAUUCUUGAUACUGUAACAGAAAUAUCAUCUGCACGAGGAUUUAGUUCAUCAUCAUUUACUCGUUUUACAAUGAGGCAAACAAUAUCAAAAAUUGGUCCAUAUAUAUUUAGAGGAUGCCAAAACCUUGAGUAUGCUGAUAUAAGUGCAUUUCAAGUUAAUAGAUUAUAUGAUGCAACUUUUUAUUCAUGUAAUAAACUUAAAAUAUUAAUAUUACCAUCAACAAUUCAAACAAUAGAACAGUAUGCAUUUUCAGGUAUCGCAGCAAAAUUUAUUGUUUUGCCAUUUAGUUUAAAAUCUGUUAGUUAUUAUUUCCUUGAUGGAAGUUAUUUCGAUGAUAUCUAUUACUGUGGUCCAACUGCAAUAAAUGCACAAGUUGGUUCAUCAAAAUCUGUUCGAAUACAUGUUUCUUCAAAUUAUCCACCUGAUUCAACUCAGUUUUUAAAAAAGGUCAUUACGGAUCGAAACUUUUCUUGUAUAACUGA